CUCAUAUUGAUAUUGUGUAUCGAAGAACCAGUUUCAACAGAGAUAACGUUAGCUACCACUCAAGAUGCCUUCUCAUAAAUCUUUCAAAAUUAAGCAAAAAUUAGGUAAAGCUCAAAAGCAAAACCGUCAAAUUCCUCAAUGGUUCAGAAUGAAAACUAAUAACACCAUUAGAUACAACUCUAAAAGAAGAAGUUGGAGAAGAACUAAAUUAGGUCUUUAAGUAAAUUUGCAUUAUUAUAAUUUAUUAUGUUGCUUUAAUUUUAUAAUUUAUUGAACUCAAAAAGAAAGAAAAAAAAAUAUUGUCAGUUAAUAACUGAUAUUCAAUUAUAACAUUAUUAUAUUGUAGAACUACAAUUUUCUUAAAAUAUUUUACAAUAUGAAAUUUCAUAAUUAC